CCUGAACGUUGGUAGCAUUGGAACUUGUGCAGUAAAGAGGUUAGAACGACACUAGAAUGAGAAAAUAAUAGUUGCAGUACAAAAAUGAAACCAGCCCAGUGCCGUGUAUCAGAAGUCACAGACGACAUGACUGUUUUAGUUUCAUUUCAGCACAGUGAACUGAUCCCAGAGGAAGCUCACAAAGUGAAAUGUGGACUCUAUGCCCACAAGAAGACUGGGAAACGUGUGGCAGUAGUGGCCGUGGAUGACGAUCAUGUGUUCAGUGGCUCUGAGCUACCGGCUGAGAACACCAUAGCACAUAACCUGAUAGCCAUAAGGAACAGGCAAACCAAUAAGGUACGUCUUGUUCCAACGACAAGUUUCUUGCUGUCCCCUGUCCCACGUGUGGAGGAGAAUAGUAUUGUGUCUGUGGUCACACAAGAAGACAGAGAUCGACUACAAAUGAAGUUUGGUUCAAAAAGGCAGCAACGUUCAUUAGAAAGCUACACGCGAAUGCGUACUAAUGCAGAUUAUCUGAAGGACAAGUUGAAAGAUGUGAUUGACAGCGUGUCUGUAGAAGAAGCGAGUCAACAACCAGUUGUUAACGCUUCACACGAAGCGUAUCUUCCCCCUAUAAACCGAAUUGCAGCUACAGUUGAUGAUGUUUACAGCUUACAUGAUAUUGUUUCUGCUGAGGAGUUAGCAUCCUUGAAGGAAGAAGCCAUUAGAACCAUGAAGGAGCCGAAGAAGGAUAUGUUCAGCUCAUUUUUCUCGCAGACUCUGCCGAAUGUUUUGCAACUUGGCAGCAGUCAACCAGUUAUUGAAAGUGUGUGCGCCCUGCUGUAUGCUGAUUUGCUCAUUAAGUUCCUAAAUACAUCUCUAAAAAGUUUGCAGAAGCAGAAGAAUAUAGUUUGUCCAUACUCUGAGGAUGUCAACUCCAAAAUCAUUAAUACAUUUACAGUGCAGUCUCCACAUGGCAGGUUGCGACCCAACUUGUUGAAAGACAAAGCCUUGUGUCACCUGCUUGUUUUGGGACUUAUCCUUUCACAUUUCAAGCUCAACCUUGAACUACUAUCCAAGUCUCUUUCGAUAUCUGUAAAGAGGUUGAAUCACUUAAGCCAACAAGUAGGAGCCGUUUCUAGCUCCUCGUCGUCUUCCAUCGUGACACUGAAGUUGCCUCUACCACCGCUGAAACAGCUUCAGACAGUUGUAAAAAGAAAUAAGAAACACUAAAGAACUGUUGGAACGUCAUGGUGUAUAUUCUGUAGUAUAAACAUUUAUAUAUUUUGUUGUGGCAGUCGGAAUACUACAAAAUGUUGUCAAUGGGAUAUUUCUUUUAAGUUUGAUCAGACAGUGCAUAUUGGUCAAAGAAGACAUUACGAGACCAAUGUUGCAAACUCUUUGAUCCAUGUCACAAAAUGUAUGCAAUUCUGUUAUUAUGACAUUUUAUUAUUUGCUGUAUGAUGAUUGUACCAGUGAAGUUUCACUUACACAGUUUGAUCAUGGAAAGAAGUGACCUACCUCAGAGGAAAAUCCAAGAUCGUUGUGUUCUUUGUUCCUCUGGCAGAUUUUUACCAGAUACUACCAAGACAUUCUUGUAAAUGGAAGCUGAUGUCAGUGCUGCAGUUUGUAGGUGGUUGUCUUGGAAUAAAUAUAUUCUGGUAACA